UGCCGCAAGAGGCAGCCUGAGGUCGGGCCAGAGCUGAGAGCUGUUCCUCCUCCGUGGUGCUGAUCAGAGCUGGACCGAAACAGAACUGAAGCUGCGUUGACUCUGUUGACACCUCAACCUGUGAACUCCUGGAAGGUGAAGGACGGGAGGCAGAGUCAGCCAGGCUCACAGCUGGCAACAAGUCAGGGGAUCUGCAGCAGGAGGAGGGGGUACGAUAACCACACAAACACGCCAUGCUCUGGCCCUCUGCUGCCUUUCUACUGCAUCCUAGCUGUACACAACCUCUGCUAACAUCCUGCUCCUGGAACACUAGCGGAGGAUUUUAUCCCUUGGAUACAAUGACACUACUAGAGAACUUCUAAUAUCCUAACGUGGAGACGAGAUAGUAUUACAGCAUUCUGAUCAGAGCUCACUAUUCAAGCCUUGUUUUGAAGAUCUCACUCCUCUGCCCAUAAUGCACUUCCCAUUUACAUCAUGGGGCAACAGGCCCCUCGUCCCUCUUACCAUCCUUUUGACUCUGUCCCUGUGCUGUGCCAUAGGAAAUUUUAGAAAGAUAUCUGUGGGGUCUCCUGCUCCUCAGCUGACUGACUUAAGAUCCCAGAUUUCAGGGGUGGAGGAGCUCCUGGAAGAAUUUGGCAAACAGCUGCAGCAGGAAAGGCAUUCCCAUAGCCAAGGGGUGCUGGGGCCAGAGGAGCACAGACUGCACCAGCAUGCUGAUCAGGAAGAGGGGGAUUGGGCCAGGGAACACACGAACAAAGGUGCUAUGCAAACGCUGGGCAAAGAUGCUACAGAGGAAGAAACUAUGCAGCAACAGCUACAAGAGGUUGGGGUCAGGUCACAAGGAAAUGUCGGGGAAGACGUGUGCAACUUCAGCAAGCUGGAGGAUUAUAUUAUUCGCACUAAAGACUCUCUGGAAGCAGGUGCCACCUUCCUAAAAGCCCCUGAGAAGGUGUACAGCUGGAAGCAGUGCCUGGAGGUGUGUUGCUCUGAUCCCAGCUGUUCUGCUGCUGUGGUGGAGAGAUCAGGUCGGUGGUUGAGCUGCUUCCUUUUUGACUGCACUCACCGUGGGCGAAACGUGUGCAAAUUCUCCCCCCACAUGGACUACAUCAGCUACACCAUGUCCGGGCGCAAUGCUUCAUUAGUUGGAUCUCUGGGCUCCCCCCUGCUCACCCUGGCUGCACAGAGUGACAUUGACAAACCUCCGUAUAGUAAUGCAGGACAGGAUGUCAUAUUGCAGUUGCCUGUUGACUGGGUUAUACUGGAUGGACGUGAAAGCACAGAUGACCAUGCUAUAAUACAAUAUGACUGGACGCUGCUCCGUGGAGACCCUCUCGUUGACAUGAAGAUUCCUCAGCCAGGAACAUUGAAAUUGUCACACUUGCAAGAAGGAGUCUACACCCUGCAGUUGACAGUGAUUGAUACCUCUGGUCAAAAAAGUUCAGACAAUGUCUCUGUCAGUGUGCUCCCUGCAGAACAUCAUGGAUCAACCUGUAAUGGAGUCUGCACCCGCUACCAGUUUAUCUGUGAUGAUGGCUGCUGCAUUGACAUCACUCUAGCCUGUGACAGAAUAGUGCAGUGUCCUGAUGGCUCUGACGAAGCUUUCUGUCAAAACUUUAGCUCUGGUCGGAAGACAGUAAUCCAUAUAUCUGAUGAUGGAAAUCACCAGGUGGAUUUGGGGCUUCAUAAUCCAGACAAUGACUUAACAGAUGAAAAUAGCAGGCUCUCUGGUGAAAAAACUCUUUUAGCUUUGGAUGCAAACAAGAAUAAGUCACUCACUCAGGAAAUAAAUGACAAUAACAUGAUAAUUCCAGGAACCAUACUUCAGACCACAACAUUGGAUCCCAAAGAACACUUAAAUUCAGUAACAGAGGCUAAAAAUAAUUUCUUCAUAUCAGAGAAUAUUGGAAGUGGACAUCCUCUCCCCGAGUCAGGAGCAGUCUUACCACUUGCCCUUGGUUUAACAAUCACUGCCCUCCUGUUGUUAAUGGUAAUUUGUCGCCUUCAGCUGGUGAGACAGAAACUUAAAAAAGCUCGGCCCUUGACUUUGGAGGAGUCGGACUAUCUUAUUAAUGGCAUGUAUCUGUAGCCAUGUUAAAACAAUGAUCCUUAUUUUUUCAAUUUACAACCUGUGAGUUGGUAUGAAAAAAUUCUUUAUAAAAUUGAACUUAUGUAAAUUGGGAUGAAUUAAAAAAUUAUCAAACUCUAUAUAAACA